AUGACCUCAUUAAUACCAUCGCUUGUCCAGGCGUUGGACCUUAAUGCGAAAACGUCUUUGGUGGUCAACUUUGAAAAGAAAAUUGUAAAUUUCCCGUACGAUGCAGAUCAGUCGCCGCAAAUCAUAGACGCGCUUGCAGAAACAGUAGCGUUGCUAAAGCCUGAAGACUGGGCGGAAACUUACGCGUCUCUUGUCAAAUACAUGGAGACCAGUCUUGCGCAGAAUCAAAUAAACACCACUGCGCUUUUGGUUCAAAAAAUUCCUUCGUUACGCGACCAGUUUCUCGAAAAAACACUCAAAGUGUUUUCAGACUACAUUACCCUUGAUGAUUCCGGGAUCCUUAAGUACUUUGGGUCAUUUGACAUACCAUUCCAAGAAAAAGACGAGAUUUCUUUUGAAGAUGCUCAAGCUAACGUGCUCCUUUUCUUGGAAACUUUAUACCAAGCAGUUAUUCCUCUAGACGACAUAACUUGUAUUAGUGAUUUAGUGCUUUUGAAGUACUUGUUGGUGCUGCAUUGUUCUAACGACACUAAAGUUUCAACGCUAGCUACCAAGAUUUUUGGCGUAGUCAUCAAAAGACAAAAUAAGCUUGAUAGUGAGCUUUUCCAGUUAUGGUGGAAGGUGGUUGAGGUAUGCAUUCUCGAAGACGGCACCGAGACAGUCAAUGGUUAUAUCCAAUGGCUUCGAUGCAUCAAUGGGAAUGUUUUAAAAGAUUCCCUGGAAGCGCUUGAAAAACUUUUUGACUUAGAACUGUAUUGGGAUCUGAUGAUUCAGGGACUUUUAAGCAAAUCAUAUGACCUUAGAAAAUACACCUUACACAUUCUUUCUCAGUCACUACAAAAGAUUGAUCACAAUAUAAAUACAAGUACCAUGUUUUGGGAUAUAAGCAAGCGUGAAAAACAUCUUUGGGAAUGGGAGCGGUUUGGUACCUUGGUUAACAUUGUGUCAAUUGACACGUCGAUCCACCAAACAGGCGACUCUGCUGCUGAUCUGGUCAAGCUUAUUGGGAAGGAUUCAUUGAUCCCCAAGACUUGGGCUCGGUGUUUACUCUCCACUGGCCUGAAAUCAUCGACGGAUUCAAUCCGUGAGUUUAUUGGAAAUGUGGUGUUGUCCCUGGAUGUACAAGACAUGUCUAUAUUUUUAGACGGGUACGAGUUUUUGACUGGCACGCUUUUGCCACAUCUUAUGCUUGCAUCUCAUUUUGUGGUCAAGAGAGAGACGGUGGACAGCGAAUUUGGAUGUGUUUACGGUGAGCAACUGGCAUCCUUUAUUGGGUCCAUUAUCCACUACCUUGAACCUCAGCCCAAGGUUCUGAAUCAGUUACUGAAUGCACUUUUUGUUCACUUGGAUGCUGAGAGAUAUUCCUUUGAUCCAGCACGACUUUAUUUGGUGAGCGGCAUUGAGAGUGGUCUUCGAGGGAAACACGUUCUUAAUUCGGAAUGCUUGCAGUCGCUUUUUGUUAUUUUCACAAACUUUUCUGAGUCGAGACUUCGCGAGGGUAUUUUCCAUUUUUACUUUUUGAGAUUAUUGCUUUCAGUGGACCAGUCUUUGGUUACCCCCGAAGAAUGGUUUCCCGCCUUGCUGCAACUAGUCACACUGCAAAAAACACUAUAUUUUGAACAGCGCGAAUCCAUCAUCAAGUUUAUUUCACAGGAUCCUAAUUAUUUGAAAUACUUUACCAAGGCUUCAGAGCAAAAAGAGUAUGACUUUUUGGUUCUUUUUUCAGACAUUUCAGCACAGCUUGGGGUUACAGUUGACUUAGAAGCUAUGCCACCCCAGUUUUUCCUUACUGUUUUGUCGUGGCCCAAUGGUGACGACCUUUAUUCCAAUACAAAAUACCAGCAAAAACUUGAUUUAUUUGUCAAUUCUUUUCUAGAGAAAAUCAUUGCCGAACCAUUCAGCAAUGACUUUACCAACGGGCUUUUGCUUAUUCCUGUUUGGAAACAACUGACCAAUGCCAAUUGGCUUCGUCUGGAGCCUGCUUCCAAGCACCUCGAUACUAUUGUUAACAACAUUUCCGGGAUCCAAGCUAACGAAGAUAAUAUGACUGUUUUGAGUGCCCAGCUGGUUGCACUUAACGUUGCUUUACUGUCACAGACUAGUGUUUCAAGCAACACUGUAUCUUUGAUUUUCACCAUUGCGUCUAAAGUGAUUCGUGCGAAAAUUGCUAAUAGAAAUUACCUGGAUACCAAGAAAACAGCACUUACCGAGGUUCACCGGGCUGUAGGAGUUGCUCUAAAGGCGUGUUCUUUGGACUUUGAUGACAAUACAAAGGCACAAUUUUUGGAUACUCUUGCAACGAAUUUUGAGUCAGUAGACUAUGAGUGCCGGUUGCACAUUGUUUCUGGAAUUUAUACGUUACUGCGUAGCGCUCAUGAAUACUCGGAAGAACUGACACCGCAAUUUUUUGUUGCAUUUCAAACUUUAUGGUCGUCGUUGGCUGCUGAUAGACUGAUGGCCAACGAGAAGUAUUUGCAUUUUUCAUUUUUGGACAUGAUCCUGGACCCCAUUGUUAUUAGAAUGACAGCAUUGAAUCCGGAGUUUUCGCAAACCAUGGAAAGCAUUUUGCUUGAGGUUGUGGAGCUCUCAUAUGCGCGUAGAUGCUUGCUUCCACACAUUUCUCGGAGGUUUUUGGAGUACCUGCAAACGAUUCAGAAAUCCAAGACAGAACUGCCAUUACCAUUCUGGAUUGGAACGUUGCUUGCUCGCAUUUACAUUUUUAACCAACUUGCGGACAAUUAUUUUAGAAUCGAGAUUGUGGUUGCCAGUAAGCUAGACGCGCACCCAUAUUCUGGGUCACGGCAAACGUACCUAAAAGAGUACGGUUGCAACGAGGUUGACGCGAAAAUCUACGCGGCCAUGUUUUUUGCGAGCCUUGACGUUCAAAACUCUUCUCAUGCUGCUUUUGCCAGCAACGUCCACGACUACAUUCUGUAUAACGGGCCGUAUCACAUUUUCGAACCCUUGAAACGCAACGAUGGGAUCGAGGAAUUGGAGCGGAUUCGUGGGCAUCAGGUGCUGCUACUUCUGAGCGGGUUCUGGGUCGAUCGACAACAGGCUUUGACUCGCGCGUUACUGCCUGUGGUCGACACAGAACCAUCACCGGUGGCACGCAUUUAUGUGGAAUGGUUACUGGCACUGCUCAACGUCCAAGACGUUUUUGUUCGUGGAGUUAAAGAAAAUGUGGUGCUUCGCGAAAUGGAUAAAGUGGAGGAAUCGCCACGGGUGAUUGCAUCGCUGGAACGGAUUGCACUGCUGACUGCUCGGAGUCUCAAGAACAAAAAUAUUAAAUUGGCACGAGAUUAUUAUGAGGAGUAUAUUUAUAAGCUUGUGCCGUUUAGUACAAGCAAUCGUGCAACAGUGCGUCACUCAUCAGUAUCGAUGCUUGUUGCACUUGAGAACGAGUUUGAGGGUGGAAGUCAAGAUCUGGUUGAUGAGCAUGUAGUUCGGAUUAUUAGACAGAUUUGUUCUAAUGCGCGUGCUUCGGAUACGUUCAAGCAGCACCGGAGUGGUGAGAAUAGUGUAUGGGACAUUGAUGGUGAUUUGAACUUGAUUGGUGCAUGUGGUGGGGUAAUUCAAAAGUUGUCUGACCGACAGAUUGGAGUUGUGACCAAGCGGGAGUUUGAGACAUGCUCUUUUGGAGGACUACAAGACCUGGAAUUGAAUGUUCCUGCCGGGUUUACGGUCAGCUACGAGACAUGGCGGCCAGAGGUUGAAGAGAGCGAAGCAGAGGAGGAUUUUAAUAAGAUAAGUGGUACCAAGCAGGCAGAGCCUGCACCACUGCAGACCAAGAGUGGAUUCUGGAACGACGUGAUUAAUUUGUCUUUGGGUGAGGACGGAAGAGACAGUGACAAGGUUGAACGGGGUGAGCUCAUAGUGGUUGCAAGUUUGGUGGCCAAGCCGCCGAAUCUUGGAGGAAUUUGUCGUUUGUCGGAUGUACUUGGGGCCAAGUUAUUGUGUUUGGGGGAUUUAGGAGUGACCAAGACUCAAGCUUUCCGUGGAGUUGCUGUGACUGCAGACCGGUGGAUGCCUAUGACAGAGGUACCGGAGAGCGCGGUACUUGAGUACAUGUUGAAGAUGAAGCGGGAACAUGGGUAUACGUUGAUUGGGUUGGAGCAGACGGACAAGAGUGUGGAGCUUAAUGGAGAGCUCCGAUUCCCACGCAAGUCACUUGUUUUACUGGGCAAAGAACGGGAAGGAAUUCCUGGUGAGUUUUUGGCUGAGUUGGAUUUUUGUGUGGAGAUCAAGCAGGUGGGGGUGAUUCGCAGCAUGAAUAUUCAAACGGCGACGGCUGUGAUUGUUCACGCCUACUCGAUCCAGCAUUGUUAG